AUGGACGGGGCUACUGAAAAGGUCGUAGACUACGACGUGAUCAUUGUCGGCUCCGGCAUCUCAGGCAUCAAUUCCGCGUACCGCGUCCAGACCCAGGUACCCAACGCGACAUAUACGAUCCUCGAAGCCCGCGGCGGGCUCGGUGGGACUUGGGACUUUUUCAAGUACCCGGGCAUCCGCUCAGACAGCGACUUGCACACCUUCGGCUUCUCGUGGCGACCGUGGACGGAACGAAGGGCAAUUGCGGACGGGCCAAGCAUAGUCAGGUACCUCAAGGAGUCGGCAGAAGAGUACGGGAUUGACAAGAAGAUACAAUACAAUCACAAAGUCAUAUCAGCGGACUGGUCGUCGGACACGUUGAACUGGUCGCUGGAGGUACAGCACAAUGGCGAGACGAAGACCAUGCGUGGCCGCUUCCUGAUUCUGGGCACUGGAUACUACAACUACGACGAGCCGAUGGAGUCAAAGAUCCCGGGCCUUGAGAGAUUCAAGGGCACGACAGUUCAUCCGCAGUUCUGGCCUGAAGACCUCGACUACAGCAACAAGAAAAUGGUCAUUAUCGGCUCUGGCGCAACAGCAGUCACGCUGCUGCCAGUAGUAGCGAAGACAGCAUCGCACGUAACCAUGCUACAGCGGAGUCCGAGCUACGUAUUGUCACUUCCGAACGGCGACCCGCUCGGCGAAUUCUACCAUCGAUUCCUACCCUUGUAUUGGGCACACAAACUCGACCGUUACCGCUUUCUUGUAUUCGGGUUUCUUUUCUACCACUUCUGCCGCUUCUUCCCCAACGCCGCGCGUGGUGUUCUCGCCAAGGCCACCAAGAAACAGCUCCCUUCCUCGGUACUCUUCGACCCUCACUUUGUUCCUACUUAUAACCCUUGGGAUCAAAGACUAUGUCUCUGCCCUGACGGCGAUUUCUACGAGGCCAUGCGUAGUGGCAAGGCUGAUGUCGUUACCGGCCACAUCAAGACGGUCACUGAGAAAGGGAUUCUCCUCGAGUCUGGCGAGACGAUAACGGCAGACAUCAUCUGUACAGCAACCGGACUCAAGCUGAAAAUUGCCGGUGGCAUGACCUUUACCGUCGAUGGUCAAAAGCUACAUGUUCCCGAUAAGUUUCUCUGGAAAGGAAUUAUGCUACAAGAUCUUCCAAACGCUGCAUUCGUUCUCGGCUACACGAACGCCUCGUGGACGCUCGGUGCAGAUGCGACGGCGCAGCUGGUGACACGGCUGAUGAACCACAUGAGGAAGAAUGGUUUCGCGGCCGCAGUGCCGAGGGUGCAGAAUCCGGAGGGCAUGAAGAGUCAGCCGGUGCUCAACCUCAAGUCCACGUACUUGCAGAAUGCGGCCAGCUCCAUGCCUAAAGCCGGCAGUGUGGGACAGUGGAGGCCAAGAUCGAACUACUUCAGGGAUAUGCACGAGGCCAAGCGCGGUGACAUAACGACUGGACUGGAGUUCUACAAAGAUCAUUUAGCGAACGGAGUGAAAAGCUAG